AUGAAGAUCUUCAACUGGGUGCAAAAGAGGUUCCAUCAGAAAGUCCUCAAAGAUGGGCUUGCUCGAAAUGUUAAGAAGACUGAUUCGCUUGCAAUCGAUUCCAACACGAAAGCUUUACUCGAACAGGUAACACCUUCCGACAUGCUGGAUGGUUGGCGAGAUGGCAUUUUAGCAAUCGGCACUUUCGGUUUCGAUCCUUUGAACCAAAACGACUACUUAGCUUCGGAAAGCUACGAAGACCACGACGACAACGAAGACGAAGCAGAGGAAGAACUAUACACCGAUAAUAACGAUGAAGAAGAUGAAAAUCUUGAGAAUGAGAGUGAUGAAGAAGUGAACCCACUGGUGUUGAGUGCUUUCGAGCACAGUUUGGAGGAAGUUGAUGGAGAAAGUGACGUGAUGAUGAUGAUGAUGGUUGAUGGGAACGGUGGGUCUACUGAUCACGAAAUUAAGAUCGACUUGGAGGCCACUGAGACCCAUUCCGGAAAGCUGAGGAGAAGAACUACACUGGCCGACCUCUUCUCCGAGGACCCUGACUUCAAAAACAAGCACUGCCCACUGCAACUGGACUCAGAUUCAACCAAAAAGCCAUCAUCUAGUACCAAAAAUGGCUUUCCUUUGCCAAGAAACUCAUUCCUCAAGUUGGAGAAGAUUCUCGUCCCAUCAAAAUGCUGCACCAUGUGA